CCGACCGGAAGUAGGACGUUCACGUUCUUGCACAGGCUGCACUUUUUCUUGCCUCCUUUUCAUACGUUAUUAUUCAUUUGUGUCACUUGAAAAAAAAAACAUUUUUUAAAUCACAUUUUCUAUCGAAGGAAGAAAAAUCGGACUGUGUCGUCACGGCCGAGGAGCUGCUUCUCACGGUCACAGUUGCGCGCGGGAGCUUCCACGACCAUGAGGUGACGACCGUGCGCUUCAACAAACCCGCGCCGUGGACAUAUGGCACGGAUCACGUUGUGGUUCCUGCCGGCGUCCUGGUACUGCGGCGUGGCCCCCAGGCAGAAGCUGGUGCUGCUGUUCCUGCUGGCCGCCUCGGUCCUGCUGCUCCUGGGCACCCGGCAGAGGUUCCUUUGGGGACCCUACAGGCCGCAAGGGUCUCGCUUCAGCAAGUACCUCUCCAGCGCCGAGUCCAUGGAGGCCACCGACGUGCGGGACGCGGGCCUCAACUACGGCGUGGUGGUGGACUGCGGCAGCAGCGGCUCUCGCGUCUUCGUGUACUACUGGCCCCCCCACAACGGAAACCCCCACACGCUGCUCGACAUCCGGCAGAUGAGGGACCGUGACCGGCAGCCUGUCGUCAAGAAGAUCAAGCCGGGGAUCUCCACGCUGGCGGCGUCUCCGACCCGGGCCAGCGACUACCUGCAUCCUCUGCUCAACUUCGCCGCCGAGCACGUGCCGCAGAAUAAACACAAGGAGACGCCGCUGUACAUCCUGUGCACGGCCGGCAUGAGGCUACUGCCAGACGGCCAGCAGGCAGCCAUCUUGGAUGACCUGGUGAGCGACAUUCCUCAGGACUUUGACUUCCUCUUUUCCCGCUCUCAUGCCGAAGUCAUCUCUGGCAAGCAGGAAGGCGUUUAUGCAUGGAUCGGGAUCAACUUUGUGUUGGGCCGCUUCGACCACGCCGACGAAGAGGACGCCACGGUGGAGGUGACCACAGGCUCGCAGCACCAGCCGCCAAUGAGCCGCCGGCGCACCGUGGGCAUCAUGGAUAUGGGCGGAGCUUCGCUACAGAUCGCCUACGAGGUGCCCGGCGCCAUCACCUUCAGCUCGCCGCAAGAGGAGGAGGCGGCCAAGGGCGUCCUGGCCGAGUUCAACCUGGGCUGCGACGUGGAGCACACGCAGCACGUGUACCGGGUCUACGUCACCACCUUCCUGGGCUUCGGCGGCAACAUGGCCCGACAGCGCUACGACGACCAUAUCGUCAACAGCACCCUGGACAAAAACAGGUUGCUGACCACUCAGACGGGCCUGAGCCAAGACAAACCUUACCUGGACCCCUGCUUGCCCAAGGCCCUGUCGCACACGGUGGUCCGAGACAACCGCACCUUGCACCUGAGAGGCCUGGGAAGCUGGGCCCGCUGCCUGGAGGCCGUCCGACCCUUCCUGGGCCUCCGCAACGGCACCAUGGCGGCGGCAGGGGGCGUCUACCAGGCCCCCAUCAACUUCAGCAACAGCGAGUUCUACGGCUUCUCAGAGUUUUACUACUGCAUGGAAGACGUGCUGCGCAUCGGCGGGCAAUACGACAGCGACAAAUACUCGAAGGCCGCCACGAGCUUUUGCGCCACCGAAUGGUCGACACUGAAACAGCGCUUGGAGAAGAAGCUUUUCUCGCAGCAGGCUGACCUCGACAGACUCAAGUACCAGUGCUUCAAGUCGGCGUGGACGUUCCAGGUUCUGCACGCCGGCUUCCGCUUCCCCGGCGACUUCCGCAGUCUGAGGACGGCGCAGCUGGUCUACGACAAGGAAGUGCAGUGGACGCUGGGAGCCAUCUUGUACAAGACGCGAUUCCUGCCACUCAGGGACCUCCAGGCGGUGCGGCAGAGCCACCCCAGCUGGCUGCGUUCUUCCUUCGUGUACAACCACCACCUGUUCUCUCUGUGCCUGUUGGUGGUGGUGUUGGCCAUUUUGCUCUACAUCCUACGCCUGAGGCGCAUCCACCAGCGAGAACAGCGGCAGAUCGACACACUGGACAUGCUCUGGGCCGACGAAGGAGAGGUGCUCUUACCCUGACAAUCGCCGUGUACCGUAAUUCCCGGCCCACAGAGCACACCUGGUAAAAAUCACGGAGACGCGGCAGGAACACGCUAGCGCAGCGCUAACCGGGCCCGGACCGGUAAAAGUCACUUCCUCGGCACACGAGCCUCGGGGUUGAAAGCGUGUCAAAAAAGUCUUACAGGCUUAUAGGCCGGAAAUUACGGUAGCCAUUUUUUUUUUUUUUUAAUAUAGUGCUAGUCAUAGUGAUGAGGGAGUUGGGAGUAAACUUUUCACCGUUCCCUCAUCGCUAUAUUAACAUUUAUAUAUAUAUAUAAAAAUCGCAAUAUAGCGAUGACAAAUUACUUGAAUGAUUCCCUUGUUGACACUUUAUUGCAGGAAUGGGCAAACCACGGCGUGAGCCCCGGGUCAUUGAUUGAUUAUAGGUAAUGAAAACAAACAAACAAAAAAAAAAAAUCAUUAUUUUAGACAUUGUUGUCAUAAUUUAUUAAUUGGUUAACUGUAAUUCAUGGUAAAUGAAUUCAUCAUGGGUAAAUUCAACUUAUGAAAAUGCUCGGUUUUUUUUCUUCAUUUGAUAAAAUGAUUGCCCCCGAUGAAGUGUGGCGCCCGAACGGUUUAUUUGCCCACCCCCCCGCUGCUGUGGACUCUUAUUUUGAGUCUGUUCCUUUGUGUACAUUCAUUAACGUUUCGUUGUCAAAGUGGAGCACAAAAGUACUUUGUCCAAUUUUCGCAAUAGUGACCUGAUAUGAGUCAAAUGUGAAUACAAAUGAUUCCAUGCCAAUAAAACAAUAUUUUAGUAA